AUGUUACAGCAACAGCUGCAGCAGCAGCACCUGCAGCUGCAGCGGCAGCAGCUGCAGCAGCAGCAGCUGCAGCAGCAGCAGCAGCAGCUGCAGCAGCAACAGCAGCUUCGUCCUGUGGAUUCUCAGAGACAGGAGGCGCUGCUCUUCUCCGUGCAGCAGAGCGGCGACGGGCACUUCGUCACCCGAUCCAUCAGUAUGAAUAGCUGCAACGUCUCCUAUCUACACAGCACGACGGCUCUCUCUCAAUUACCCCCCGUCUGUCCUGCAUCCGCAGCAGCAGCAACAGCAGCUCCAACAGCAGCAGCAGCAGCAUCGGCCCCAGCAGCAGCACCCGCAGCAGCACCAGGAGCAGCAGCAGCAGCAGCAGAACCGCACCACGGGUUUGGAGCUCUGCUGCCUUCUUUUUUGCCUCGUCUUUCUUCGUCUGUCUCCUCUCUCUUCUUCCCUGUCGUGUCUCCUCCAUUACCCCCAGCAGCAGCAGCAGCAGCAGCAGCAGCAGCAGCAGCACCAGAGACACCAGUAGAGGCGCAUCUGGCGGCGAAGGGCCGCAGCAGCACUCACCUGAUUUUGCUGAUGCAUUCGGACGUGAGCAGCAGCAGCAGCAGCAGCAGCGAAGCAUCAGCAGCAGCAGCAGCAGAUCCUGUUGAUGUGUCUUUGCAGCACGAGGACCCGAAGACCUUCCUGACUCCCCAUGAGGAGGCAGAGCUGCUGAUUGGCGAAUUGUUAGCCAUGCGCUUUGGGGUUGAUGCUCCCUUUCAGUCGUUGCAGGGUUUGGGGGUUCUGGAUGUUUGUCUUGCCACUGGGAUCGUAAAAGAUAUUUUCCCGCUGCACCUGCCGGAGGCGCGGCUGUCUAUACAGCUGAAGCUGCAGCAGCUGCAGCAGCAGCAGCACAAGCAGCACAAGCAGCAGAAGCAGACGAAGCAGCAGCAAGAGCAGCAGGAGCUGCAGCUGGCUAACCCUUCAGCUUCGCUGGAAUCGAUGCUAUCUGCCUACUGCGGCUUCCCUACUGUUUCGCUGUUUCUGCUGCUGCGAGGUUUGUGGCGUUGGUGCUCUUCUUUGCUGCUGGUGGAGCUGCUGCUGCUGCUGCUGCUGCAGUUUGUGUACAACAACGGGGCUGGGGAGACUGCAGCAGCAGCAGCAACAACAGGUCCCCCUACUACUAUGGCAGCAGCAGCAGCAGCCGCAGCAGCAGCAGCAGCAAGGCCCUUCUCGUGGGGUGUAUCGACAGCUCCUCUUGCGAUGCUGCUAUCCAGCAGUGUCUCUAAAGCAGCAGCAGCACUUUUAAUUGCUCUAGCUACUCCGAUCUUUUUAGUUUCACUGCAAAAGAAGCAAUGGCUGGGUGCAGCAGCACCAGCAGCAGCUACAGCAUCCGCAGCAACCAGUAGCAGCAGCAGCAGCAUCGGCAGCAGCAACAGCAUCAUUCCCAGUAGCAGCAGUAGCACUAGCAGCAGCAGCAGCAACAUCCACAGCAGCAGCAGCACCAUUCCGUGUGGCAGUAGCAUUUGCACUAGCAGCAGCAGCAUGGGCAGCAUCAUUUUCAGCAGCAGCAGUAUAGGCAGCAUGAGCAACAGCAGCAGCAGCGGCAGGAAGAAGCCGCUGCAGCCUUUGCUGCUGCUGCAGCGACGCUUGAGGUUAGAGCUGCUGUUCGGUGCUUCUCCUGGCGAAAGUCUUUCAUUUAGCUGCCACCCAAGGUUCCGAGGCUUCUUCCUCCCCUUCUUCUCGGGUGCUGCACCGCUGCUGCAGCAGCAGCAAAGCGUUGCUGCAGCAGCAGCAGCAGCUGCUGCUGCUGCUGCUGCGGGCCGCGGAAUCGGCACCGUCACUGCAGCGAGAACGUCACUCCUUAACUCGCUGCAGCAACAGCAGCAGCAGCAACAACAUGCUGCUGUAGCUGCUGCGGCACAGGCAGCACAGGGAUUCAGCUUGUGGAGAGGUUGCUGCACCAUUGCUGCAGGAGCACAGCUGCUGCUGUUGCUUCUGCUGCUGCUGCUGCACUCUGAAAUCCUAUGCCGUGCAGCAGCGCCGGGCGAGUGGAGUGUGGGGCUGUCUUCGUUCGGUGCAGGAGCAACACGGGCAGCAGCAGCAGCAGCUGCUGCUGCAGCAGCAGCAGCAGAUGCAGGAGCUGCUGCUGCUGACCCUCUUUGGGGCCUCGCCGGGGUCGCGGUGCAGCGGCUGCAGAACAGCAGCAAUGCAGGGGAGUUGCUGCUGCUGCUGAUGCUGAUGUUGCUGCCUGCGCUGCUGCGUCUAGCAGCAAAACCCUUGAGGGUUUGGGGGGCCCUUCGUGCUGCUGCUGUCUUUAUAACUGAUUCAUCCACCAUAGUAAAGGAGGCCGACCUUGUCUCCGCCUCUGCAGACACACCCACUGCUGGGGCUUACUUCGCAUGCAGCCAGCAGCUGUUUCUGCUGCUGGCUACCCUUGGGGGUUCCUUUGCUGUUGCAGCUCCUGCAGCAGCAGCAUCAGCAGCAGCAGCAGCACUUGGAGCAGCCUGCCCCUUCUCAGCCUUCUUCGCUUUGCAGCUGCUGCUGUUCUUUGCUGCUGAGCUGCUGCGGCUGCUCUUUGCUUCCCGUAUCCCUCCUGCUGCAGCUGGUGCUACAACAGCUGCUGCAGCUGCUGCUGCAGCUGGAGGUGCAGCAGCAACCAUCGGCAGCAGCGACAGCAGCAGCACCGCCAGAGACAGCGAGGAGGCCACAGCAGCAGCAGCAGCAGCAGCAGCAGCAGCAGAAGCGCAGCUGCCGCCAUUCCGUUUAGAAUAUUUCUUUCUGCAGGCCGUGCACGAAAUUGCGGAGAGAGAAGUCAGCGCCUUUGAAUUCAACUUCGACAUCCUGCAGGCUUCUGCGCCCCCUCGCGUGGUUGCUGCUCCUUCUUCGACUGAAGGGGGGCCUUGGUUGGUGCUGUGGCUGUCGCGUUGUCUUUCUCCUUUGCUGCAGCUGCAGCAGCAGCUGUUGUUGCUGCUGCAGGUGCCGCAGCAGCAACAGCGAUGGUGGAAGCGUUGGGAGCUGCUGCAGCAGCUGCUGCUGCCUCCGCUGCUGCCCAUUGAGGGGGCCCCCUCUGAUUUGCCGCUGCUGCAUGGGGGGGUUAUACGUCUUGAUGCUUCUAUUUUAAAGCUGCAGCUGCGGUGUACAGACAGCUCCGACGGAGCAGCAGAUUCGCUCAGCCCCAGGAGGCUGGACGUUGCUCUGGAGCAGUACAUUGACGACGUGCUAAAGAGAGAGGGUCCUCGGGGUUUGAUGUUGGCUGGGGCGGUGCCUCCCCCCACUGAAACCCUGCCGAAAACCAUCGAUCGCAGGGUGAUAAAUAGAUUUCUAGGGGAGUGGGACUUCGAUCGCAGCCGAAGCACCAGCAUGACUCCUAUAGCAGAGCAGCUGGGGGUGCCGUGGCUUAUCCGAAAUGCAGUUGAAAAACUAAACCCUAAAAUAGAGUAUAAACUGCAUGAUAGAGACGGUCAACCCGAGUUCUCAAUCAAAACCAAACUCACCGCUGGAAUCUCCAAGACAGUGCGUUUAAACCUAAGUGGGGCUGACGUAGAGGCUGAAGACGAAGAUGGGAUGGAGACAGAUGCUCUCUGGUAUAGAGUCACGUUAAAGAAAGACGGCUUGCAAAAUGAGGAUCCUUCAAGUGAGCAGCUUGCAGAUUCUGAGGGUUCCACUUCGACUGCCCCUUCGCCAGCAAAGGCUCUGGAGACGGAGGAUGUGCAGCAGCAGCAGCAGCAGCAGCAGGAGCAGGAGCAGCAGCCGCAGCAGCAGUUGCUGCAGGAGCAGCAGCUGCUGCAACAAGAACCUGCAGCCCCUUUGCCUGCUUGGCAUGGGCUAGGCCCCAGGGUUAGUCAGCCCGAUGCACAUAUAAACAGCUUCUCUACAUGCAUGCAUGCAUGCAUGUAUGCAUGCGCCUUGAACACGAUUGAGCUUUGGGGCUGGAAGGGGGUUUAG